AUCAUAAUUGCAGCUGAUUAAGAAAGGAUUACAAACAAUGUGCUGCUGUCUAGUUGCUCUAACUUUUUUCCACAGAUCAAAGCAGCAGUACAUGUGAACUUCUUCUAGGAAAUGGAGCUUUUUUCAUAUGAUCCAGAACCAUCCCAGAACAGAUCCAGAUACCAAACCAAUCCCUAGAAACACAAUCAUCACAAUUGCAGCCAGCUCAGCCUCGGAACCAGGAACCGAUUUCGGGGCGAGGAUCAUUAGGACACUUGUCAGAUACCCAUUUGUCACGCCGAGCAUGAAUGUCAGGACCACAACUGGAACUUCUGAUCUCAGCCACUUGGUUGGUCCAUGGAGGCAAGCUGCAAACAAAGGAUAGAACAGCAGCCUCAGGAAACAACCCCAGAACAGGAUACCAGUCACUCAACAGGUUUGACUUGACAUCUUCUGCUAGGAAUCCUGGGAAGAUCGAGAGAGUGACGAGGUAGAUUGUCAGAACUGCAACAGCUGGCCACUGGAUUUUCCUAGCCACGGAC